GGGGUCCUCCCCAGCCAGUGGGCUGGCGGCUCCCGGGGGCGAGAGCGGCCGGCUCCGCCUCCGCCAGCCCCGUGGCCGCGAUUGGCUGGUUUCGCCCACGCCCAGGCUCUGAUUGGGCGAAGGGCGCCCCGGGCCCCGCCCGGAGCCCAAGUUCCGUUAGCAGGCACCCUGCUCUCCCCGCCCCUCCAGUCGCUCGGGGUUUGUCACGGACGCGGCGUGAUGACGUAGUUCCCCGACAUUCCACAUCCAAGAUGGCCGCGGUCGACAAGAAGAGACGUUGCUAAGGGGCUUGCCUGAGACGAGGGGAUCCUAACAUUUUCAGAGAGCCUUUUGGAAAGAACAAGUCGACUUCAAUAAAUGAAGGAGAAUAAAGAAAAUUCAAGCCCCUCAGUAACUUCUGCAAACCUGGACCACACAAAACCAUGUUGGUACUGGGAUAAGAAAGACUUGGCUCAUACACCCUCACAACUCGAAGGGCUUGAUCCAGCCACCGAGGCCCGGUACCGCCGAGAAGGGGCUCGGUUCAUCUUCGAUGUGGGCACACGUUUGGGGCUACACUAUGAUACCCUGGCAACUGGAAUAAUUUAUUUUCAUCGCUUUUAUAUGUUUCAUUCCUUCAAGCAAUUCCCAAGAUAUGUGACAGGAGCGUGUUGUCUAUUUCUGGCUGGGAAAGUAGAAGAAACACCAAAAAAAUGUAAAGAUAUCAUCAAGACAGCCCGUAGUUUAUUAAAUGAUGUACAAUUUGGCCAGUUUGGAGAUGACCCAAAGGAGGAAGUCAUGGUUCUGGAGAGAAUCUUGCUGCAGACCAUCAAGUUCGACCUCCAGGUGGAACAUCCCUACCAGUUCCUACUCAAAUAUGCUAAACAACUCAAAGGUGAUAAAAACAAAAUUCAGAAGUUGGUUCAAAUGGCAUGGACAUUUGUAAAUGACAGUCUCUGCACCACCUUGUCACUGCAGUGGGAGCCAGAGAUCAUAGCAGUAGCAGUGAUGUAUCUCGCAGGACGUUUGUGCAAAUUUGAAAUACAAGAAUGGACCUCCAAGCCCAUGUACAGGAGAUGGUGGGAGCAGUUUGUUCAAGAUGUCCCAGUUGACGUUUUAGAAGACAUCUGCCACCAAAUCCUGGAUCUUUACUCCCAAGGAAAACAACAGAUGCCUCAUCACACCCCUCAUCAGCUGCAGCAGCCUCCAUCCCUUCAGCCUGCGCCGCAAGUGCCACAAGUCCAACAGCCACAGCCGUCGCCAGGCUCCGAACCACCCCAGCCCCAGCAGAAGGACUCCCAGCCGUCAGCCCCGCAGCAGCCGCAGGCGCCACCACCCAAGAAGCCGUCGCCACAGCCCAGUCCUCCCCGGCAGGUGAAGCGAGCCGUGGUUGUUUCUCCCAAAGAAGAGAACAAAGCAACAGAACCACCACCGCCUAAAAUCCCCAAAAUUGAGACCACUCACCCACCAUUGCCUCCGGCCCACCCACCUCCAGGUGUCUUGAGGCCGUUGUACGUUGUAAGCACGUCUAAACAUUCUCUGACCUCAAAGAUCCAGAAUCGCUACGCUGCGCGGCAUGGUCAGCUUCGAGUCAUUUCAGGGCACUGA